AAAUAAGCUCACAUUCCUCCGUGUCAUUGUCUUUCUCACAUUCAAAACACCUUCUCCUUCCAUUCUAUUUAAGAAAAUCUGAGAGACUUCAAUUCGCAAUAACGUAGCUCAGAUCUUCACACCCACCCAUACCCACAGAUAGGUAAUCAGACACAUUUAGUUGGUGCCCAUGGGAACGGUUGUUGAUGCUGCUGCAAAGAAGGAGGCUAAUGGAAGCUUAGCUGAUCUGAACCCUACAGUUGUUUUUGUAUUGGGUGGCCCUGGCAGCGGAAAGGGUACCCAAUGUGCAAACGUUGUUCAGCACUUCGGGUAUACCCAUCUCAGUGCUGGUGAUCUUCUACGAGCUGAAAUCAAAUCUGGUUCUGAAAAUGGGACCAUGAUUUCAAAUAUGAUUAAAGAAGGAAAGAUUGUUCCUUCCGAAGUAACAAUUAAACUUCUUCAGCAAGCAAUGCUGGAAAGUGGUAAUGACAAAUUUUUGAUUGAUGGGUUUCCUCGCAAUGAAGAAAAUCGUGCCGCAUUUGAGGCUGUGACUAAAAUCGAGCCUUCAUUUGUCCUGUUUUUUGAUUGUUCUGAAGAGGAGAUGGAGAGGCGCCUCUUGGGUAGGAACCAGGGAAGAGAGGAUGAUAACAUAGAAACAAUAAGGAAGCGAUUUAAUGUUUUCCUAGAGUCUAGUCUCCCUGUGAUAGACUACUAUAACUCCAAGGGCAAAGUUCGGAAGAUUGAUGCUGGAAGGCCUGUCGAAGAAGUUUAUGAGUCAGUAAAAGCUAUUUUUGCCCCAAAAAAUGAGAAGGUAAUGGGCCAUUGCCAUGCUUUGAUGAAAUGCUUAAUCUUGUUCUGGAUGUAAUGGUUUAAGAUAUGAUAAAGGGAGUUUGUAGAUGCUGUUCAAUGGGAGUGUAUUGUCUUCCUAGUGUGGUUUUGUAAAUAUAAUUGGUGAACUAAAUGCUUCAGAUAGUAAGCUUUAUUGGCAGCCUAUAUUGGGAAACCAACUUCAUUAGAUAACAAAAGGGGACAUUUGAGUUUAACAUUUUAUGAAAGUGAAGGAACUUUUUAGAAUUAUGAAUGACCUAAGUAUGAUGUAGUUUGAUGUUGACAUAUGUUUCCUUAUCAGUUAUCACCAAUUGUAAGCACAAUUAUGGCAAACCAAAUUGAUCAUGUAAGCACAAUCAUCAGAAUGUAGCUACAGUCAGAAGCAUAGCCUGAAACAAUGCAACUUAGAACAUAGUAGGAACAGCAUAUGUGUGCAUAUGCCUGUAGUUGGAGGUUGGGAUUUAAAACAAUUGACCAGAAAUAUUUGAGGGCAACUGGCUAGCUAAAACCAAACAGGAGGGGUAAAAAAAGGAACUGAGAGAUUUCUCACACUUCAGAUCAAGGGCAGAAAUUUAUUUGACAUGUUUUGAUAUGGUUUUGAAUUUGAAAGUGAUGGGUUGGGUAAAAAACAAUGAACUGCCUGUAAAAAUAACUUGAACUGUACCAAGAAGAGAAUUUCAAGAUAUGCUAGUCUCUUUUUGUAAUUUUCUUUCCUGUGGAAUCUUAGCAUGCAGUUGCUCAUCUGUACAUUUUCCCUUGUCAUGGACGUUAACUUGAAUUGCACCAAGAAGAGAAUCUGGAUAUGCUAGUUUUUCAUCAUUUUUUUUUUCCUAAAUAAUUUUGUUUGCCUGUGGAAUCUAU